AUGUCAAAAGCCUCCGACACCGCGGCUGCGAAGGCGCCCGAAUUAUCUAUCGCCCCUUCGCCAGCCGACUACGCCUCCCUUUCCCCUUCAGACCUAAUCGCCCGCAUCCACUCUCUCGAAUCCCAACUCGCCGCCCUCCGAUCCUCUUCCGCUGCUCGCCCUGCCUCUCCAAGCCCGUCUCCCCGUCCAUCCAAGAAGAGGACUCCCAAACCCUUCAACCCCUCGCUCCACAGCACCCGGCCCAUCGCGCUCAAAUUCUCGUACAUCGGCCAGCACUACAACGGCUACGAGCACGCCAACGGCACUGUCACGCCCAAACCCACCAUUGAGGAGGUGCUCUGGCUGGCGUUGCGGAAGGCUAGACUUAUAAGUCCGGUGCUCGGCGAGGGCGCAGAUCAGGGAGUCGAUGUGGUUUGGGGUGAGGAGGUGCGAAGGGCUCGGUGGCGGAGUGCGGAGGAGGGGGCUGCAGGAGAGGGAAAGAUGAGGCUGGAGGUGAAUUGGGAUGGGUGUGGGUAUAGUAAGGCCGGGAGGACGGAUCGCGGAGUGAGUGCAUUCGGGCAGGUUAUUGGGGUGAGGGUGCGGAGUAAGCGGAAAGUCGCGCCGGUGAGGUUAGAGAAGAGAGAAGGGGAAGAAGUGGUGGCGGGCUCACGCAAGAGAAAUGGAGAUGGCGAGGGUGGAAAUGGUGGUACAGAGGAACUUUCUACACAAAGUAAUGAUGAUCCCACUGUUUCCUCCUCGCCUGCUCUUGCUCCUUCUGAUCCACCCCCUCCUCCUCCUGAUGCUCCACACGGUCAACACCAAGCUUUGGACAUUUUCGACCCGAUAGCUGACGAGCUCCCCUACAUCUCCAUCCUCAAUGCCAUCCUCCCGCCCUCAAUCCGCAUCCUCGCAUGGUGCCCCAACCCACCUCCCGACUUCGACGCCCGCUUCUCCUGCCAGGAACGACAAUACAAAUACUUCUUCACCAAUCCAGCCUUUCUGCCCACGCCUGGACCAAUAGGCAUGCGGAGGGCAGACGGCCAGCCGGCGUUGGUGAGAGAAGGGUGGCUGGAUUUUGAGGCGAUGCGGCUAGCGGCGAAGAAGCUGAUGGGCUUGCAUGAUUAUCGGAACUUUUGCAAGCUGGAUGCCAGUAAGCAGAUGAAGGAUUGUGUGAGGAGGAUUAAUUGGGCGGAUGUCGAGGAGUGGAAGGGGGCGGGGAAGGAGGUGGUGAGGGGUGCGGCGUUGAGUAUCGAUGGGACCGAUCAGGGCACGAAGGAGGUAGUUGGUGUGUCGGGACCCAAGGUCUACUGCUUCUCUGUCCAUGGCAGCGCAUUCUUGUGGCAUCAGGUCAGGUGCAUGGUCGCCAUUCUGUUCCUGGUCGGGCAUGGAUUGGAGCAGCCGGGUAUAGUUGACGAAUUGCUCAAUAUCGACAAGAAUCCGGGGAAGCCAGUGUAUGAGAUGGCAGAUGAUGGGCCGCUGGUCUUGUGGGACUGCGUAUACGACAAGCCCGACCAGGACGACAGUAGCAAGCUGAACUGGAUCUAUGCUGGUGACGCGGCCACGAUACCUUCUCUGACGACCAAGAAUGACGGCAAAUUCGGUCUCGGAGGACUUGCUGACACAUUGUGGACGCAAUGGCGCAAGACGAAGCUGGAAGAAACUGUGACGGCUGGUCUCUUGGAUCUGGCUUUAAGGCAAGGCGAUGGCUCGGCACUCGAGCGUGGUGGUUUCCGUGAGCCUGCAUCUUCACAGCGAAGUGCGAAGGUAUUCGACGGCGGAGAUAAUGCUCGGAUUGUGGGUAAAUACACUCCCGUGAUGAAGAAGGCCAGGACCGAGAGUCUCGAAGCACAGAAUGCCAAGUAUCUGGCUGGUCGUGGGGCUCGAAGAGCAGACAGGACACCGGCUUCUGGCGACGACUGA